ACCUUAAUACUUAUAUGGCUUUAACACGACUGCGAAUAUCCUCAAAAUAUAUAUAUAUUUUCAGGACUGUCGAUUUUUCUAAAUGAAAAACUUAAAAUAAACCAUCUCAAAGCAUUGUCUUGGAGGGAAGCGACGCUAUGUGGUCCGUCUAGCGUCCAUCUAGCAGCGCUAUGCUACGUGUACAGUAUCGGCUGAGUGACGCCAGAGAGCAAACACACAAGAUGUAGAAGAUGGAAAGGACUACAAGGGUGUCCACAUUUGUUUUGAGUUCCUCUAAAUAGCACACGGAUACAUUUUUUCGUCUGCAACGACAUGAUUGUCACGAACGAUGCUUGUUUGCAAACCGCUUUUUUAAUUGUCCGAAAGAAAGUCUCUACUUAACCGAAAUGAUCAAGAUGAGAGACUGACAUUAUGUGUAUUGGGUCGGGCUGACCGAACCUCCAGUACUAGAACCAAUUUCUGAGGAAUACCCUGAACUAAGCUGAGUUUGAAAAUGAUGUAUUCAUCGAGGAGGAAGCCUGUUCUCUACUUCAAAGAGGAAAGAAGGUUCCUCUCUGGGAAGUUUACGGUCUACAAACUGUUUGGGCUCUGCAUGGUCUUAGGGCUCGUCUCCCUCAUCCUGCUCCAGCUCAGCUGCUCAGGGGACAUGUCCUACAUCAGCAGUGGCGCGAUGGCCGUCGCUCGCUCCUCCCAUCAGCAGCAGCCCUGUCCGCCGGAGACCCAGGCGGCCGCCGCUGCCUCUGUGGAUGACCCCAGCUGGGGACCUCACAAGCUGGCCCUGAUCAUCCCCUUCAGAGAGCGCUUUGAGGAGCUGCUGGUCUUCGUUCCCUUCAUGCACGCCUUUCUCAACAAGAAAAAGAUCCGCCACCGCAUCUUCGUGAUCAACCAGGUGGACCACUACAGGUUCAACCGUGCCUCCCUGAUCAACGUGGGCUACACGGAGAGCGGUAACGACACAGACUACCUGGCCAUGCACGACGUGGACCUGCUGCCGCUCAACCCGGCCCUGGACUACGGCUUCCCCGAGGAGGGCCCCUUCCACGUGGCCUCCCCGGAGCUCCACCCGCUCUAUCACUACAAAACCUACGUGGGGGGCAUUCUGCUGCUCACCAAGAAGCACUACAACAUGUGUAACGGCAUGUCGAACCGCUUCUGGGGCUGGGGGAGAGAGGAUGACGAGUUCUACCGAAGACUGAGGAAGGCUGGGUUGCAGUUGUUCAGGCCCAGCGGAAUCACAACAGCCUACAAGACCUUCAGACACAUCCAUGAUCCGGCCUGGAGGAAGAGAGACCAGAAGCGGAUCGCCUCGCAGAAACAGGAGCAGUUUAAGGUGGACCCCGAGGGGGGGCUGACCAACCUGCUGUACCAGGUGGACUCCAGACAGGAGGUGACCAUCAGUGGAGCCCCCUGCACCAUCGUCAACACCAAGCUGGAUUGCGACCAGAACCUCACACCCUGGUGCCUCAUGGCCUAGAACGACCCCCCCCCCCCCCCACACACACACACACACACCCAGCAGAACAUGGAGGAAAGAGUAGACCCACAACAAGCUUGUUGCGGCCUGCUAAAAAGUCAAUGUUUUUCAUUUAUCUAUCAAAUGCGGUCCUUCAGCAGUGGGUCUGGACUACGGCAGCACGGGCUUCCAGCCACAGUUCCUCUUGUAUGUGGGUCUGGAGUGUUGGAAGGAGUGUUUCUCAGGGCAGGGGGGUGGGGGGGGGAUCCUGCUAGAUGCCUCUGCCUACAAACUUCCAGGACCAUCUCGCGCGGCCCAUGGGAGCAGUGCAGGAACACUCCCCUGUGCUUUAAACACACUCCCUCGUCUGCAGAACAGGGCUAGAUCAUCUGCGGGGAAAGUCCUGCAUUCACCCAAGGCUAGACGACUAGACUGGAGUAUUCUUGAAAUGCAAACAGAAUUGUUUGGUUGGAUGUGCACCAAAGAUGGACCUCUCGGUACCCUGGUUACGGUCGUUCUAAGGCGUUUCUCUGAAAACCCAGAGUCUUCCCAGGACCUGAACUAUGCUGACCCAACCAUGCAGCAUCUCAAAUCGGCCCGGACUCUAGAACCAUGAUAGACUGGCUGUUGGCAUGGUACCUUUUACGAGCAGAACCAAACCGAACGGGGAGGAUGUGAUAAGCACUUCUGCGGGCCUCAGGUGUGCUCGCACAUGACAUGCUUUAUACGGUUUCGCUGAUUCAUUUUUUAUUUUGUUAGUUAGUGCAAAUGCAUGCCAGAUCUCCGGCAAGUGAUCUGACAUUUGACCUGCCAUGAAGCCAGCAUGUUGACGGAUAUCUAAACGGCUCGGUAUGAGCCAGACACAAACAGGAGAAUACGCUGCGGUUUGUACUUUUACUUGUAAAUAUGCCGAGCCUAAAUGUAACCCAUUUGUCGGUUGAUUUUGUUCAUCACCAUACAGUAUUCCAGACAUCAGGCCAGACAACUCUGUGUUUUUGCGAUAGUGUAUUUCAUAAAGUUUGUCGCUGACGACUUCUGAUGGAUAACUCUGAGCCUUGAGGCCUCAUUAUCAAUGAAAAAAUACUUAAUACAGGGAGACUUAAAAGAACAUGCAAGCUGACAACUGUCUUCUCCAGCUUUCUUCUGUGCGUCAGUUUGUCCCACAGCGUUUUUUUUACGGUUCCCUGCUGGAACAACCUGUCUUGAGCUGCCUGGUGUGACGUGGUUCAAACCACCACCAUCUGCCUUGUAUUCGGCGCAUGUACGACAGAACAUUAGGGUUUAGGUUAAAGCAAAACAUUUGGUAUUUAAUGUGUUGUUGAAUAACUGGUGAUUUGAAUGGUUAUGUUAAUACUAAGGGUACUACAGGAUAGAAACGGGAAGCUGAUGGUGCUAAAGUGCAAGUGAUGGGUGCGCUAUUGGGAAGGUAAGAUGGAAUACUGGAAUGUAUUUAUAAAAUACUUCAGAGUUCA